UGCGCGGCCGCCGCCUCCUCUCAUGCCUUCACGGCAACAAAGAGCGCGCUGAGCGGCGGGCUGCCGGAGCACGGAGGGCGCCGGGGGACGAUGGCGAGGAAAGGAGAAACCUCCGCGUCUCCCUACGGUGAACCAAGGAAAUUUGACCCAAAGUUCAGAGGACCUAUUCAUAACAGGCAUUGUACAGAUGUUAUUUGCUGUGUAAUCUUCAUAGUUGUCAUUCUGGGUUACAUUGCAUUAGGAAUUGUAGCUUGGGUACAUGGCGAUCCCAGGAAAGUGAUUUAUCCAACUGACAGCUAUGGGCAGUUCUGUGGUCAGAAGGACACCUUCAAUGAGAACAAGAGCAUUUUGUUUUACUUUAACAUUCUGAAAUGUGCCAGUCCGGUAGUGUUAAUUAACCUGCAGUGCCCUACAACACAGCUUUGUGUCUCAAAGUGCCCAGACAGGUUUGCAACCUACAUUGAUGUUCAAGCUUCCUACAGAUAUAGGCCAGAUCAGUGGAAUUACUUCAGGCAGUACUGCAAACCUGGUUUUAACAAUCCUCGCAAGUCUGUUGCUCAAGUCCUACGUGAUGAAGAUUGUCCUUCGAUGAUCAUUCCAAGCAGGCCUUUUCUCAAGAGAUGCUUCCCAGACUUCUCCACAAAGAAUGGUGUCUUAACUGUGGCAAACCAGACUACAUUCAAAGAUGGAAGAGGGAAAACAAGAAAUGUAACUGAUCUCAGGGAAGCUGCAAACGGUAUCAACAAUGUCCUGGAUGCAAGAUCAGUUGGAAUGAAAAUUUUUGAAGACUAUGCCAUUUCUUGGUAUUGGAUAUUAAUCGGGCUGUUCAUUGCAAUGAUAGUGAGCCUGCUCUUCCUUGUGCUGUUGAGGUUCACAGCUGGGGUUCUCUUCUGGAUUUUCAUAUUUGGUGUGAUUGGAAUUAUAGGCUAUGGCAUCUGGCACUGCUACUGGGAGUAUGAUCAUCUCAAAGGCAUACCUGGAUCUGACCUCACUGUUUACGACAUUGGAUUCCAGACAGACUUCCGCGUGUACCUACAACUGAGGCAAACGUGGCUAGCAUUUAUGAUAUUACUUUGUGUUGUUGAGAUCAUAAUCAUAUUGAUGCUGAUCUUCCUAAGAAAUAGGAUCCGGAUUGCUAUUGCACUGUUAAAGGAAGGUAGUAGGGCUAUUGGCUAUAUAAUGUCUACGUUGUUCUACCCAAUUGUCACCUUCAUACUCAUUGCAAUUUGCAUUUCCUACUGGGCUGUGACAGCUGUUUUUCUAGCUACAUCAGGAGAACCUGUGUAUAAAGUAAUGGCUAAUCAAACACUGUGCAAGUAUGCAAACCUGACUUGUGACCCAGAGACAUUUAAUACAACCAAUGUAACAAAAUUAUGCCCAGGUGCUCAAUGUACAUUUGCUUUUUAUGGAGGAGAAAGCCUGUACCAUAAGUACAUCUUCAUCUUUCAGUUAGCCAAUGCCUUUGUCUUUCUGUGGCUGGUAAACUUUGCAAUUGCACUGGGUCAGUGUACCCUUGCUGGUGCCUUUGCCUCUUACUACUGGGCUUCUCGAAAACCAGCUGACAUUCCACUGUGGCCGCUCUUCUCUUCAUUUGGACGGGCAAUACGAUACCAUACUGGUUCACUGGCAUUUGGAGCCUUAAUUCUUGCAAUUGUCCAGCUGAUCAGAGUAAUACUGGAGUACUUGGAUCACAAACUGAAAGGUACACAGAACUCCUUCACUAGAUUUCUACUCUGCUGCCUCAAAUGCUGUUUCUGGUGUUUGGAAAGAUUCUUAAAAUUUAUAAACAGAAAUGCCUACAUCAUGAUUGCCAUAUAUGGUAAAAACUUUUGCACCUCGGCAAAGGAGGCGUUCUUUCUGCUCAUGAGAAAUGUGGUGAGAGUUGCAGUUCUGGACAAAGUCACAGACUUUCUUUUAUUCCUGGGGAAAAUUCUCGUAGCUGGUGGUGUAGGUGUUCUCGCGUUCUUCUUCUUCACACAGAGAAUACCAGUCUUUGCCCAGGAAGCACCAGCACUAAACUACUACUGGGUACCAUUGUUGACUGUCAUUAUUGGCUCCUACCUAGUGGCACACGGGUUCUUCAGUGUCUAUGCAAUGUGUGUUGAUACACUUUUCCUCUGCUUUUGUGAAGACCUGGAAAGAAAUGAUGGAUCUACAGCAAAACCCUACUUCAUGUCAGCUAGCCUCCACCGAAUUCUAGGGAAGAAGGAGCUAAGCCCUAAGAAGGCAAUAGGAUAACAUGCAAUAAACCUCAGCAUCAAAACAGUGUCACUUUUAAGCAAAAUGUGUGUAAAUUAGGCACAAGUAAAUACUGUAAAUGAUGCUUCUGGUUAAUGGGUGAUUCUUUUUUCCUCUUGCUUACAUCUUUAAAAAAUCAGCAGCAUUGAUAAUGUUUUAUUAGUUUAAAAGCUUAAGCUAACAGCUGUGAAACAAGGCCACAUUUUAGUCUAUAGAGUGCCUAUGGAAAGAAAAAAUGUAAAUUUGAAGCUUUUGUAAGUCUAUAAUAAUGUUUUAAUAACUUUUUUAACACAAGUUGCUGCCUUAAAUGACAGCAGUUUUGAUAACAUUUCUUUUUAUAAGUGUAUAUUUGUAAAAGAUAUUCAGGCAAUUUUUUGAAAGCACUAAAUGUAACCUAAUUAGCCAUAAAAAAGAUAGUUUGGGAGUCUCUAGUUAACCAGAGAUGCUACUAAAUCUGUAAAUAUGGUGCUAUGAUUGUAUUUUUUGUACAUGCUGGUUGUCAGCUAUUUAAACUGUGAUUAUACAUGCAUUAAUGGUUCCCUACACUGAAAUGUAAUAACGUUUUAAUCCCGUUGACAAGUGUGUGUUCUGAGAAGUGAUGGUACGUGUAGUCCUGAAGAAAGCAAUCUGAGAAGACUACUCUCUCUGUUGGUGCUGCUUAAAGUGAAGUUUUCUUUGAGCUGUGCUUGAAAGAUGAUAUAAUUGAGACAGGAUCCUAUGGUGCUUCAAAGAGAGAUCUGUGGUUCACACAGACGAAGUUCUGUCUGAUCCACGUUGGCAAAGAUAUCAUUUCCUAGCUGAUGUGUAAAAGACAGAUACUUGUGUUAAUAUCCUGUCUUCAGUGAGUCUUUGUAUUCUACAUUAUGAGGAAGUUGAGCUGCGCUGAGAGGAAAAUGGAACGCGAUAUUUUGUUUUCCUUGCAAGGAAGUUUUGGCUGUAUAUGUACACAGGACCUCCGCUGCAUCUGCCUAGUUCAGAAAGGCUUCUCAGUAGGUACUGCAAUGGCAGCGUGGGUUCUGAGAUCCAAGGCGUGCACUUCCUGCAGGUCUCUGGUCUCUCAGUGGCUUAUACAGUAAGAUACGAAAAUAAGAUAUUGGACUGGAGUCUCCUCAUGGUGCAGCAUUAAUUAGCUACUGGAAGAAACUCCAAAAGAUUUGGUGUCCUCUUUGAGACUCGUUAAGAUUGUUGGUUGUUAGAAUUUUUUUUUUUUUUUUUUUUUUUUUUUUAGGAAAAGCAUAUUAACAUUCUGUUCAGGCC